AUGCGGAAACACUACUGUGGAAAAUGUAGUCUACCGGUAUAUUUUGCGGAGUUGGUGCAAGCUGCUGGACGACCAUGGCACACACACUGUUUCCGUUGUGCAAAUCCAGAAUGUGGCAGGUUCAUGGAUAGUCGAUCUUACAAUGAUCAUAAAGAACAGUUGUACUGCAAUCACUGCUACAAAUAUUUGUUCGGGCCUAAAGGUGUCGGUUAUGGUAUUGGUGCCGGAGUGUUACUUACAGCCAGUAGCAAAUACAACGAUUCAAAUAAACGAAGUGAAUUCAACAGUGGUACUGCUAAUGGAAAAAAGCAUACAAUAAUGAAAACUAAUCAGCCAUACUUAAUUCCCAGCUUAUGCAACAUAAAUAGAAAAAGCGGAAAUACUAUUACAAGUGCUGCAGUCACAUGUCGCAAAUGUUCAAAGGAAGUAUAUGAUGCUGAAAAAAUAUUAGCAGGCGGUAUGCUUGCUACGCAAAAGAAUUCGGGCCUCAAGGUUAUGGUCGUGGCGUCAGCGUCGGAAUUUUGUAAACUCGCAAGCACUGCGAAGGAGUAG